AGUGCAUUCUGAGUCAUGCUUCAGCUCCUCCCUUCUGGAAUGUAUAAACACAGACUGGACUUCCGUAUUGGUGCUGCACGAAGCAGAUUUCUAUCUCCGGGAUUUUUCCUGUGUGGAGAAACAUUACAGACAACAAUGAAACUGAUCUACUGCUGCAGUGCUUUGCUGCUGUUCGUCCUUCUGUCCAGAACCUGUCAAAGUGGCAACAUCUUGGUCAUUCCUACUGAAGGCAGCCACUGGAUUAACAUGGAUAUCUUACUUCAUGAUCUGCACUCCAGAGGACACAAUCUAACUAUUAUUCGUUCCAGCAAAAGCUGGUACAUCAAGGAUAACUCCACUUAUUACAGUAGCUACACAGUUCCAGUAGAGAGGAGCAUAGAUAAGGAGAUCAUCUCAAGAAUAAUGUCGAACUUUAUAGAUUUUGAACGGGGAGCUCUUCCCUUGAUGAGUUUUCUCCAUUCUUCUGUUGGCGUACUUGGCGCAGUUUUUGAAGCUCACACAGCUGUGGCUGAAUAUGUAUCAGCGAUUAUAGAUGACAGAGAGUUGAUCAGAAUGUUGAAGGACACCAAGUUUGAUGUGGUCCUCACUGACCCCUGCUGGGGAAGUGGACCCAUUUUGGCCAAGUAUUUGAAUCUUCCAUUGGUUUAUAAUGUUCGCUGGCUCAUACCUGAAGAAGCUCAUUUUGCCAUUGCCCCUUCACCCAUAUCUUAUAUUCCUGUGGCUGGUUCUGGUCUAACUGAUAAGAUGUCCUUUUUUCAGAGAGUUAAAAACAUGAUUUUCUAUGUAGUAUCACAAAUACAAGCACAUCUGUUGGCAAAGCAAGUAUAUCAGAAAAUAUGUGAGAAGUAUCUGGGGCCUGAUGAGGACUUUUACCAGUUAAUGAUUGAUGCAGACAUUUGGCUGAUGAGAGUGGACUUUGUGUUUGAUUAUCCACGCCCCACAAUGCCUAAUUUUGUGUACAUGGGAGGGUUCCAGUGUAAACCUGCAAAACCUCUGCCUCAACACCUGGAGGAGUUUGUGCAGAGUUCUGGAGAGCAUGGAGUCGUCAUCAUGUCUCUAGGGCUUUUUGUGAAUGAACUUCCUAAGGACUUGGCAAAUGAGAUCGCUGCAGCUUUUGCUAAACUUCCUCAGAAAGUCAUCUGGCGUUAUAAAGGCAGCAGACCAGACACUGUGGGUAACAACACUUUAAUAGUGGACUGGAUGCCUCAGAAUGACCUUUUAGGACAUCCUAAAGUAAAAGUGUUUGUGGCUCAUGGAGGAACAAAUGGAGUCCAAGAAGCUCUUUAUCAUGGAGUCCCAGUUGUGGGUCUCCCAGUGUUUUUUGACCAAUAUGACAACCUGCUGCGACUUGAAUACAGAGGAGCAGCUAAGAUUCUUUCCUUAUCUACAGUGGACAAAGACAACAACUUCCGAAAAGCCAUCCAGGAAGUCCUGAAUGAACCCUCCUACACGAUGAACAUGCAGAGACUCUCCAGGCUGCACAGAGAUCAGCCAAUAACACCGAUGGAUAAUGCCCUCUUCUGGAUCGAAUUUGUCAUGAGACACAAAGGUGCAGCUCAUCUGAAACCAGCGUCCCUCAGUAUGCCCUGGUAUUCCUACCACUCUGUAGAUGUAGCUCUGUUCCUGGGAGGAGCUGUGCUGCUCGUGCUUCUAUCUACUUUCUUCUUGAUUAGGUGUUUGUGUAAUGCAACGUGUAAACCUAAAGUCAAACGUGAGUAAUGACUGAAUAGAUAUGCAGAACAAUAUUUAGAUGAAACUGAUUGAAAAAUUAAACACCAACGUGCAGAUGGAUUCAUCUUUUCUUGAGAUUAUUUUAAGAUUUAAGAAUUAAUGCAACAAAUCUACACUUAAAAAUGGUUUACAGGUUUUGAUUUGCUCCAUAUUAAAUAUUGUAUUCUCUCAUUUGAAUGAAGUAAAUGGAUGUUGUGAGCAUUUGCGUAACACUGUAGAAAUAAUACAGCUGGAUAUUCAUAAUCAUCAAUGUGUUGAAAUCAUUUUAAUUGUGUGUGUUUUUGUGUUGCUACCUGCAUCCACCAGGUGCAGUAUCUUCUGUCUGAGGUGUUGAUGUAAUAAAGGUGGUCAUCAGUUCUGCAGAAGUA